CAAACCAAUCACUUUUAUACCAUAUACCAUAUAACAAUCACACUCAUAUAUAGUCUCAUGGCUACUAAAUUCAUCAUCCUCACUCAAGUCAACCGCUCCAAAAUCUCAGUUUCAACCCGAAAACCUCCUCGAUGCAACCGAAAUAAGCCCCGACCAUCCAAAUCCAUAAGCGAGAACAUGUUGAACAAUGUUUUUCCUGGCAAAGCGCUAACGGAAAUAUACCAUAAUAGCCAAAAUUCAGACCCACUUACUAACUCACUACUAAAUCUUGAAAAUCAGUCAGUGAAAGAAGAGGAGAGGAGGAGUCAACAAGAACACGGGAAGGUGUCGUCGUAUAGCAGCCGCAAAGAUGGUAAGUCCAUAAGCACGGGGAAAUAUGAAGAUAUGAGACGUGAAGUUGCUCGAUUAAGCUUGUUGUGGUACAUGAAAAGUUCCAUAAGCUUCAUACUAAGGAGGGCAAGAGCGUUUUACAAUGAGUUUUGUUGCGAUACUUAUGUUGCGAGUAGCACUAUGGUUGUGGUCGAUCCAUAUUUUUCUGUUCCGGUUUUACCUUUUAAUUCCCUUAAUUGAUAUCUCCAACUCAAAGUCGACGUGUUUAAAAGUUGUAUUUAGCUUUGUUGUGUUGUAAUGUGUAAUUGUUCGUACGUCCACAUAUAUGUGUUAGCAGCCGUCAAUCUAUGUAAUUAAUGUUGUUUUUAGCUUUGUUGUGUUGUAAUGUGUAAUUGUUCGUACGUCCACAUAUAUGUGUAAACAGACGUCAAUCUAUGUAACUAGUGUUGUAUUAUUUAAAUUAAUUUCGU